AUGGUUGAUAAUAUUCGAAGAGCAAUGCAAGAUAUAACUUUGGGAAGUGAAGAUCCCCCUUUUGUGUUACCGGCGGAGGUGGUGCGUCAAGCCGAAGAAGAAAAUCGAUUCAUCUUGGUGGGUCGUCCGGUGAUGCCACGACGACAGAAUCUCCAAGCACUCCUUGCUACAAUGCCAAGAAACUGGGGCUUUGAAGGUUUAGUUCGUGGACGUGUCAUUGAAGGCCGACGUUUCCAGUUUGUCUUCCCCUCCGAGGAAUCAAUGGAUAUGGUGAUCCGAAGGGGGCCGUGGGCGUUUGCGGAUUGUAUGAUUGUGCUCCAGAGGUGGACACCAUUGAUGGACAUGGAGAUGCUUAACUACAUUCCCUUCUGGAUCCAAAUCCGGGGAAUUCAACUGCAAUGCAUGAAUCGACAAGUAAUUGUCAACAUAGCAAGGCUUUUGGGAGAGUAUAUCCACAUGGAUUACAGUGAGGAGAUUGGGAGCCGUCUGGAGUAUGUCAGAGUCAGAUUGAAUUGGAAUGUCAAUCACCCUCUCCGGUUUCAGAGGAACUUUCAGUUUGUCCCAGGAGUCAACACGCUACUGAGGCUGCAAUACGAGAGGCUUCGUGGUUUUUGUGAAGUUUGUGGUCUGAUCACUCAUGACUCAGGCGCCUGUCUGAUUCAGAAUGGAGGACCUGAUAAUGACGAUGGAGCUCAUAAUGGAGAUGAAGAAGAUGAUGACAUUGAGAUUGUACCUAAUCAAGGAGUGGCCAUUGAGGAAAUAAAUGAGGAAGUUAAUGAGGGUGUUGUGGCUGAUGGUAAUGAGGCAGCGGAGGAAAAUGUAGAGCCGUUGGUUGAGGAAGAGGAUCCUGAGCAGGAAGAGUAUGAGAGGAACAUAAGGAUCCUGGAGGGGGAAGCAGAUGAUGAGAAACUCUGGAGCGGUAAUGGAAUGCAAACCAUGUUCACGAGUGAUGUUGAUCGAGACGAGAUGUAUAAUGUUCUUUAUCCAAAUGGGCAACGUUUUCCUAAAGAUGUUGAGGAGGAAUCGGGCAUAAGCGGAAGAGCUGGUUGUCUGGUGCUAAUGAGAACACAUUGA